AUGGAAGGCUUGACAAGGACCGAGGAGGCCAUGCUCCAGCAGCGUCUCCAGAAGCGCCAGGUCAAGGAGUUCAUGAACAUCUUCGGCAACGUCGUUGACCACUGCUUCAACGCCUGCAUCGACGACUUCACGUCCAAGACGCUCUCGUCGCGCGAGAACGGCUGCAUCACCCGCUGCGUCCAGAAGCAGAUGUUCUCCCAGCAGCGUCUCAGCGAGCGCUUCCAGGAGCACAACGCCGAGAUGACGGCCAAGAUGCAGCAGCAAUAA